AAUUUGUUGUACCGCCUGGUUUUACAUUUUGUGAAGUAAUAAAGAUAUAAAAUCGUCUACAAAGCGCAGAUAAUUUACGAUUUGCCAACAAAAUAUUAAGCAAAUUAAAUUUGCAAAAAAUUGAAGUCAUCGAACAGUGAAGUACAAAUCACAGCUAUUGGCUUGAGAAACUUCACAUGAAAAUUUUGUCGUCAGCAGAUAGUGAGAAAUACGAUUGGAAACAAAAGGUAUAUUCCGCGCAAAAGAAAAUCAGAAAAUAAGCGAACGGAACAAAGCGAAAACGUGACAACGACGAAAUAGCAACCGUUUUAAACGUCGACAUCGUCACAACAACAAAGAUUUCGUAGGUCGUCUUCAAGAAAACGAGGGAGAAGGUGACAGAAACUUUUUCGAUUGAAUUAAUAGGGACAGGGUGUAGGUCGGAAAGAAGAGCAACGACGUGGUUUCUGUUUUGCGCAAGAGGAAUAACCAAACACGCAACCGAGGCAAACGGGAACUAACCACAAAACAAUAAAGAAAAUUGUGAAGUAGUCAUCAAAGUUUUUUAAUCAUUCCCAUACUACCAUGAGUGUAGACGCAUAUGGGCCAAGUUCGCAGACUUUGACAUUUUUGGAUACAGAGGAGAAUGACUUGAUUGGCGCUGAUACGCAGGCAUCAGAAUUCGAUUUUCGCGACUUCACGCUUCCUUCUCAAUCUCAAACACAAGCCUCUCAAUUGGAAGGGAUUGGUGGCAAUGCAACAACACAAAGCAAAUUAAAUGUGCUAACAAACAAUUUGGCCGAGUUGCAAUUUGAAGAGGAGGAUGACGAUACAUCUAUAUUAGCCGUAAAGGAACUUCCUCACCAUGCCUGCAAAUAUUGUGGCAUUCACGAUCCUGGUACAGUAGUUAUGUGUAAUAACUGUAAGAAAUGGUUUUGCAAUGGAAGGGGUAGCACUUCCGGAUCCCAUAUAGUUAAUCAUUUGGUGCGAGCCAAGCAUCGAGAGGUGACACUUCAUUCUGAAGGUCCUCUAGGAGAAACUGUGCUCGAGUGUUAUUCAUGUGGUGUUCGUAAUGUUUUUGUAUUAGGAUUUAUCCCUGCUAAAGCGGAUUCAGUAGUAGUGCUAUUGUGUCGUCAACCAUGUGCUGCACAAAAUUCUUUAAAAGAUAUGAACUGGGAUCAAGAUCAAUGGAAACCUUUAAUAACAGAUCGAUCCUUUUUACCAUGGUUGGUAAAGGUACCCACCGAGCAAGAGCAAUUACGCGCACGCCAAAUAUCUGCUGCUCAAAUAAAUAAGUUGGAGGAGUUGUGGAAAGAGAAUAUCGAUGCAACGUUUCAAGAUCUCGAAAAGCCCGGAAUAGAUACGGAGCCAUCUCAAGUGCUACUUCGAUACGAAGAUGGUUACCAAUAUGAAAAAGUGUUUGGACCUUUGGUACGCUUAGAAGCGGAAUAUGAUAAAAAACUAAAAGAAUCGCAAACACAAGAGGGAAUAGAAGUGCGUUGGGAUGUUGGCCUGAAUAAAAAAACCAUUGCCUAUUUUACGUUGGCCAAAACUGAUUCUGAUAUGAAACUAAUGCACGGUGAUGAAUUAAGAUUGCGCUACGUCGGAGAGCUUCAUAAGGCGUGGAGCGAAAUUGGUCAUGUUAUAAAAGUGCCCGACAAUUAUGGCGAAGAUGUCGGUUUGGAACUGAAAUCCUCCGCAGGUGCCCCAGUUAAAUGUACCUCCAACUUUGCCGUUGAUUUUAUUUGGAAAUGCACUUCAUUUGAUCGCAUGACUCGUGCACUUAAAGUAUUCGCUAUGGAUCGUAGUUCAGUGUCUAAUUACAUAUACGCACGGCUUCUUGGGCAUGGUCGGCAUGACGGCAGUGAUGAACUCCUAUUUCGAGGUCCCAUACCAAAACUGUUUAGUGCUCCGAACUUACCGGAUUUGAAUCGUUCCCAAGUAUAUGCUGUUAAGCACGCAUUGCAACGUCCUUUAAGUCUAAUUCAAGGUCCGCCUGGUACCGGAAAAACUGUCACCUCGGCCACAAUAGUAUACCAAUUAGUGAAACAGCAUGGAGGCACCGUGCUCGUGUGUGCACCCAGUAACACAGCGGUAGACCAACUUACGGAAAAAAUCCACCGCACCAACUUGAAAGUGGUUCGUCUCUGCGCCAAGUCUCGAGAAGCUAUCGAUAGUCCUGUGAGCUUCCUAGCUUUACAUAAUCAAAUUCGUAACAUGGAGACAAAUAUUGAGCUAAAAAAGUUGCAACAACUCAAAGACGAGACUGGUGAGUUGAGCUCGGCUGAUGAAAAGCGAUACCGCACUUUGAAGCGUGCCGCUGAGCAUCAAUUACUCGAAGCCGCUGAUGUCAUUUGCUGUACUUGCGUAAGCGCCGGAGACGUGCGCCUAGCGCGUAUAAAAUUCACUUCUAUCCUCAUAGACGAAUCCAUGCAGUCUACUGAGCCAGAGUGCAUGGUGCCAGUAGUACUGGGAGCGAAGCAGUUGAUACUGGUCGGAGAUCACUGCCAGUUAGGUCCAGUUGUGAUGUGCAAGAAAGCAGCCAGAGCUGGUCUGUCGCAAAGCUUAUUCGAACGCCUAGUAGUUUUGGGUAUCCGCCCGUUUCGGUUGGAAGUCCAGUAUCGUAUGCAUCCGGAAUUGUCGCAAUUUCCUUCAAACUUCUUUUAUGAAGGAUCGCUGCAGAACGGCGUUUGCGCUGAGGAUCGCAAAUUGAAGAUUGACUUUCCAUGGCCACAGCCUGACAGGCCGAUGUUCUUCCUUGUUACUCAAGGACAAGAAGAAAUUGCGGGCUCGGGAACAUCCUAUCUGAAUCGUACGGAAGCAGCAAAUGUGGAAAAGAUAACAACACGUUUUCUCAAGGCUGGUGUCAAGCCGGAGCAGAUUGGUAUCAUUACCCCCUAUGAAGGCCAACGAGCUUACUUAGUGCAAUACAUGCAAUAUCAGGGCAGCUUGCACUCCAGACUAUAUCAGGAAAUAGAGAUUGCUAGCGUCGAUGCUUUCCAAGGAAGAGAAAAAGAUAUUAUAAUUAUGUCAUGUGUGCGAUCUAAUGAGCGUCAAGGUAUUGGUUUUCUCAAUGAUCCUAGGCGUUUAAAUGUCGCAUUAACUCGCUCGAAAUAUGGCACUAUCAUCGUGGGCAAUCCCAAAGUCUUGUCCAAGCAACCGCUUUGGAAUCAUUUGCUUAAUUUCUACAAAGAUCGCAAAGUGUUGGUGGAGGGCUCGCUGAAUAAUCUAAAGGAGUCCCUAAUACAAUUCCAAAAGCCCAAGAAGAUUGUCAACACCCUAAAUAUGGGGGCUCACUUCAUGACCACAAUGAUGGCCGAUGCGAAGGAAGCCAUGAUUCCCGGCUCCAUUUACGAUCGAUCCGGCCAAUACGGCUAUUCGUCGGGUCCCAUUAAUGCAUCCAACUAUGGUGGUAGUGGUUUAGGCUUAGGACUGGGCUACGGAGGCAGCAACAACUUGGGUUACGGUAGCGGCGCUGCUGCAGCGCAAAUGCAAGCGGCCGCCGCAGCGCAGAACUUAAACAACUUUAUGAGCGGUAACUUCGGUGCUAUCGGAGCUCGGAACAACGGCCCAAGUGGAGCGGCAAAUCAAGCAGCUGCCAAUGCACACCAAUGGAACCAUCACCACGACUCGAUUAGUUACAUCUCGCCCGAACGUGCGCAGGCAGCAAUGAAUAACAUGCCAGUCCCGGUUGGCAUGUUCAUGAACAUGAGCAAUAUUCCGCCGCGGUUCUACAACCAACACCAACAGGCGAUACAGGCCGCGGCAAAACAAGGACGCCGAACUGGUGCUGGCCUGGGCGCUGCUGGUAUAGCUCUUAACAACAAUGGCGGCGGCAAUGGAGUCAGCAAACUGUUCAACAAUUACAAUUCCUCCAUCGCUGGCGUUGCUAACAAAGGCCAAAAUGUGAAAACUCGCAACAGCAUGCAAGCCACUGCUGCUACAACACCAACAACAACUAGUGCCAACGACAUCAGCAGCGUGCUUAUUGGCGCCGGUUCCACCACGUCUCAGAGCAACGCCCUGCCGCUGACCCAACAGAAUAUGUCGCAACAAAUGAGCCAGCCCGGCGGCUUUACAUUGUCACAACAGCCCGAGCUGUCACAAGAUUUUGGUCAAAUUUCGCAAAUCGAUAGCAUUCUCUCCCAAGAUGUAAAUUUUACCGCGGGCAAUCUCACCACUGAUCGGAUGAAAUUCGGCCUGAACAGUCAGAGUCAAUUCUCGCAGCCUUAUUGAUAUAACGGUUGAUUCCAACUACAAAAGCAAAAGCAGCAGCAGUCAGUUAAACCAACAAUUCAUAUCAAACAAAUACAAACUUUUUGAUGUAACGAAAGAGAACAAAGAAGACAAGAAGCGUGCACACAAAAAACUGCAGAAACAGCAGCCACAGAUCUCUGAUCGCUUGGAUAGAAUCGAACUGAAACGGAAUUACAAGGGGUAAAAUGCAAAGAUUCCGUUUAAGCCACUCAAAUGACAUCACGUUUGGGUAAUGCCGACAAAGAUUUCAAUUUCAAUCAGCGACAGCGAUCGCAUAAAAAUGCGACUUCACAGCGACGGAGUAGUAUGUGUGCCACCUGCGCCAACGUGUGCUUAAAUGGGUUAAUUACGAGUAGGAGAAUUUGGAAGCGACGACAAGCAGAAAAAGAUAUACAAACACAACAAUCCACAAUGAGAUUUAUUGAGAGCUAAACAAAAACAAAUGCCGCACAUACAGUAGCUGCAACAGCAGGGAUUGGAACACGAGUGAGCCAACCAAACAAAUAUGUUUUUCAAUGGAGGUGAACGACAGCUAAAGGCUAUUCAUCGUCCACACUCUAUUUUCUUAUAUCACGAGCUGAACCUAUCAAACAAACAAAAAAAGGCAAAACAAUUGACACAAAGGAAAUGAGUGGACACUCGAUGUGGUUCCCAUAAAGCUCUGAAUAUGAUUUCAACUUGAGUAGAGUUUCCGAGCAUGGUUUAUACGCUUUAGCGCCUUGAGGGCAAUUACCAGCCAAUUGGCGGAAGUGGUCGAUCGAUACAUUUUAUGGGACACCUUUUGUGCAUAGUUCUCCUCCAUCUAAACUUCUACAAGACGAUGUGUUUUUAAUGGAAAAACGCUCUUCCCUUCAAUCCAGUGGGAAUACUUCUUCACUGAUGUCUAUGUGUAUUGUGCUGAAGCAUAGCGGGCUGUGUUCCCCAGUUCUAUUGCUCUUGGAUUUUCCCACGUAUAAAUAUAUUUUAACUUUUAAAUUUUGUGAUUACGUUCAUUUACUGACAAGUGAUUUCGAAAUUAGCGACUAUAUUAAAAAAAAAAAAACAACAACAAAUAUUCAACAAUUUUUAUAUACAUUUAACAUGCAAUAAAUGUAUAUUACCAAAUAUAUAUUUCAAUAAAACGCUUCAACAUCACCAUAGUGGCAGAAUAAAGAUCAAUUUGAUGAAGUGCAGGUACUGCUAUCCAUGGGUGGUGAAGGAGCACGCUUUCGUCGCAAUUCCUUUUAGAAGAAACGCUUUGCUUUGCAAUCCUUGCAUGUGGAAUCGUCUUGAUUUCUCGGGAAAAUAAAUCUCUGUUUUUAUUAUUUGCAUUAAAAAUAUUUUUUUU